ACUGGCCAAGUUUCUAAGUUAGAAUCAAAGAGUAUAAUAAGAAAAAAAUAUGUAUUUGUCAAUAUUGGACAUUUGUUAACGCGAAUAAGAACUCGAGAAUAUAAUUUUAUCUAAGUAUUUUAUCAAGAAUUUAGAUUGUAUAUUAAUUUUUAAUAGGUAGAAAAUUUUAGAUAAACAAUGUCUGCUCCAGACGAACAAGAUGGUGCAGGAGAGACUUUAGAAGAAGCGGGAGCUCUAGAAGCCGACGUUGGGGCUAAUUUUGACCAGCAGCUUGCGAAUAUCGAUCCUAGGCUUCAGAUAGACAUGGAUCCCUUAGCACAUCGGCACCUUCGUCCCGAAAUGAUGUUCAUCCGUGAAGAGUUGCGGCAAGCGAAGUGGCAGACAUUGGCGGUACGCCGUACUGCCCUGAAGAAACUUCUGCUAAAGGAUUUCAUGCAAGAAGAUUGUGAACUCAGGAAUAUUGGACUCGCCUACUCACCUCCCGAUCCUUGAAACCUUCAAGUUUUAUACGAAGGAACGAAUAAAGUUUUCGAAUCAUAAAA